GAAGAAAGCCUUUGAAGGGAAGUGUGAAUCAUGGGCCCAGGGUCACAGUUCCAAGGUGCUUUGUGCAUUCUGGGAAACUUCAGAUUCCAAGGUCCAUGAAUUGGCAGAAGAAGAGUUGCAGCCUUUGAUAGAGAGCGGUGUUCUCAAAAUCCCUGAAACUAAACAAUUGGCAAAUGAAGAUUCCAAUUAUCAUUAAGUCCAAACGAGCAGGGGAGGGGGUGCAGUGUGCAGACAGCAUCAUUGUAAUUAAUCAAAAACAACAGGGGUCUAACCUUUUUCCUUUGCAGACUCUACAAACCCUAACCCUAGAAAUCUCAUCUUCUUCGCUCGUCGAGUUCUCACAGAAAAUGGGAGAAACAAGGGACAAUGAUGCCUAUGAGGAAGAGCUUCUUGACUACGAAGAAGAAGAAGAAAAAGCUCCCGACUCUGCCACAGGCAAAGUUAAUGGCGAGGCCGCCAGGAAGGGAUAUGUCGGAAUACAUAGCUCAGGAUUCAGGGAUUUCCUUUUGAAGCCAGAACUUCUUCAUGCUAUUGUGGACUCUGGCUUUGAGCAUCCUUCUGAAGGUAAUAUUAUGCAGCACUAUAACCUAUUGAUUUUGGAGCAGUAUUGUGGUUUUGUUAAAAGUUUCAAUUAAGAGGAUCGGAAAGUUAUAUUUUACUCACCAAGGGUUCCUUCGAUACAAUUUUCUUUGGUUCUUCACCAGUGCAACAUUAGUGCAUUCCACAAGCUAUACUGGGCAUGGAUGUCAUUUGCCAAGCUAAAUCUGGGAUGGAUAAGACUGCAGUUUUUGUUCUCUCAACGCUGCAGCAAAUCGAUCCUACUCCAGGGCAAGUUGUUGCACUUGUUCUGUGUCAUACGAGGUAGUUGGCUUACCAGAUUUGUGAGAUUUGUUAGCACAUCAGAAGUUCUUGAGAGAUUUGUGACAAUAGAGAAAGAGAUCGAGUAGAUUAAGAGUUUAAUUUUUAGUCAGAUGAAGCUGCUGUGGCUACAGAUGCAAAUGGUUGUGGAUGCUAAUAGUGGGCAAGGUUUUUCCCCAAUUAAUCGUUCCUCUUCACCUUCAAGCCAACACCUUAUGUCUUGCCAAAAUGAAAGUAAUGAAGAAAACAAUGGGCAAAGGGAUUGAAAGGCAUGUUUGUAUCUCUUCUUGGGUCUGUAAUUUCUGCCACUAGGCAUUUAAUUGAACUUCUUUGGAUUUUGCAAUUUCUAUUUUCGCUUAGAUCCUGUUGUUUUGAGAUUGAUUUAUAUCUAUGGAAUUCCUCUUUUAUGAUUGCUAAUUUAGUGCAUCAAUUAACUGAUUUUUUUUUU